AUGUACAAAGGACAGCUCAUGACAGCAAUGGGAAUUGAUCCCAUCAAUGGCUGGUGGCCGAUUGCUUGGGCUGUGACUGAGGCCGAGAGUUAUAUCCAGUGGAAGUGGUUCGUGGAGUACUUGUCUGAUGGCCUUAACUUGCAUGCAAAUGGCCCACGAUAUAUGUUUAUGUUUGACCAACAAAAGGGCCUUGCAAAGGUGAUUGUUGAGGAAUUCCCACAGAGCGAGCAUCGCUUCUGUGUUCAGCACAUAUACAACAAUUUCAAGAAGAGAUUUGUCGGAGAAGAUUUCAAAGACCGAUUGUGGGAGAUUGCCGUGAGUACCACCCUCGAACAUUAUGUGGACAAGAUGGAUGCUAUGCAGAACGAGUAUCCCCAAGCACAUCGGUGGCUUUCUGGAGUUGCUCCCAAAGAAAAAUUGUGGCAGCUAACCGGAAUCCCGUGCACUCAUGCUAUCGCAACAAUCAACAAGAAUGACGACGACGUGAUGCGAUACGUCUCCCGCUAUUAUUUGAAGUCAACAAUGAUCAUGCUGUACGAGAAUGUCCUUUACCUAAUCAAUGGGAUGGACAAUUGGCCCAAGACUACUUCUGAUGGCGUGUUGGAACUAGCGCCCCCGAGGUCAAAGCGACAGCGUGGUAGGCCGAAGAAACUGAGGCGUGAGGAGCCCCAGAUUCGUCUUCAUGCGGACGGAGGUGAGUCAUUGCGUCGAACCUUCGUGAUGAAAUGUCUUCGGUGCGGUCAAGAAGGUCAUAAUAGGAGGACAUGCAGCAAUGAUCCUCAGACAGAUGCUCGUUCUCAGGUUGGGGUGACUUCGCACCACAACGGGUCGCAUGAGCGUGGUGAGAGUACUUUGCCUGAAUCGUCAAACAAUCGCUGA